AUGGUAGGGAGAAACAACAAUAACAUUGAUCUAAAUGAAGUAGUAAGGCAACUAGCUACUGUAGCUCAACAGUUAGAUGAAAGGAAUAACAAUAACAAUACAAACCCUGCUGGUGAGUUGUUUAAGAAGAUAUCCCAAAGCAAACCUCCUACAUACCAGGGAGAACCUGACCCAACUAUCCUUGAAAACUGGCUAAGAGAGUUUGAUAAGUUGUUUGUGGCAGUAGUAUGUCCUAAUGAGUCCAAAAAAGCUGAUGAAUUCCUGGAACUUAAGAUAGGGAGUAUGUCAGUGACAGAGUAUUACACUAAGUUCAUCGAGCUGUCAAGGUUUGCUGAAGAUACCGUGACUACUGAUAGGCAGAAAUCUAGAAGGUUUGAGAGGGGAUUGCCUCUUUCUCUCCAAGGCAAGUUGUCAGGGAAAGUGUUUGAUAGCUUUGAUGAGUUAUAUGGUAGGGCAGUGCAUUUACAUGCGUUGGAGUUGAAGGAAAAGGCUGAUUUGGAAGCUAGGGAGAAAAGAAAGGAGCCUAUGACUAGUUCUGUACCAUCUAGGAACCAGAAUAACUUUAAGAAGCAAAAGUUUAAUCACCACCAAGGUAAUAAAUUCCAGAACAAUAGGAACAACCAAGGUGGGCACAACUUUCCUAGGGGAAAUAGGAACCAAUCUGGAGAUCGUAAUCAAAGGAUAUAUUAUUGCAAGAGAUGUUCUAACAAUCACCCGGGAACAGACUAUGAGGGUAACUUAGUCACUUUUAACCUGUGUAACAAGCAAGGACACAAGAACCAGAAGAAAGGAGGUCAAGGUAGCAAUGGGAAUCAAGUGAACAAGGGGGCGCAGUUUCAGAGUAGGAAUAAGAAUACCAAUGGUGGGAACACACAAGUCAAGGGUGGAACACCAGGGAAGUUUAAUGUGAUAGGUUUGCGUGAGGCUGAAGCAGCGAGAGAUGUCAUUUCUGGUACAUUAUCUACAGACUCGGUUCUUGUUAAAGUUUUAUUUGAUUCUGGUGCAACAUAUUCAUUCAUUUCUAAGGCUAUAAUCCCAAAAUUGUUGCAUUGUCCAAAAACUGUAGAUGACAUAGAUAUUCCUAUAGAACUUCUAAUCGGGGGUGUAGUCCAUUGUACUAGGAUCUAUAAGGAUGUUCCUAUAAAGAUUAAGGGGAAGGAAUUUAUGUCCAACCUGAUUGAAUUUGAACUAGGAGACCUUGAUAUAAUUCUGGGGAUGGAUUGGUUAUGUCGCUUUAAUGCUGAGAUUCGAUGUUAG